AUGUCUCUGCUCGAGAAUGACUCUGGAGACGAUGGCGAAGUCCGUCACAAACGCUUCGACUACCCUGCACCUUCUCUCGCCGGUAUCAUCGACUUCUGCGCCAAAGAUGGUGUCACUGAUGUACAGGCAGCCAUCUUGCUCAACCAGACGCCUCAAGAGAUCUACCAAAUGAAGAAGCAUAUUCGAUGCUACUUGCGCGCACCCUGUCCCUGGCCCGCUCCCGAUGAGCUCACCAACGAUGACGGCAGGACCUUAUGUCGCAAGGACGAACACCCUCUUGGCUGGAUGAUGCCUGCGGGGAAGCAGGGAGAACUGUUCAGACAUCUGGUUAUUCCUCCCGUCGCCAAGCUGUAUCCCGACCUGUUCGCCGAGCCCGAUCUUGAGACCCAGAUACGCCAGGACCAGCCAAACACAUACGGUAGAUUCAAUCUGAGAGUUGUCGAGACCGAGUCUCAGCACUUCUCACCACGUCCACAGCUCAAACGCUGUCGUCUCGAAGGUUUUGAGACAGAGGAUACUGAAGAGCAGCCGGACUUGAAGAAACAGAAGGUCAAAGCCUUCGACUUCACACCUGUCAAAGCCGUUGUGAUGCCUCCAGACCUUCCCAGAGUGUUGAAAGGCGAGAUCGCUGCUUCCGAACAUGAGACGCCUAGGCCAGCCAAGGAGGACAGUGGUAGGGGUCAGACUGUCACAGAACUCAUUGCAGAGGAAAGGGCGCUCCGGGAUCGGCUGCGAAACGCACCUACCUCACCAGCUAGUUCGACGAAGAAAAGACAGGAUUCGACAACGUCAUACAGCUCGAGCGAGCAUACUCCGACUCGCGCUCGUACGAACGACCUCGACCGCCCCAUUGUCGAACGUAGAAGACUUCAUAUCCGCGACAUGGUUACUUGGACAAAGAAAAGAGACGUGGCAGAUUUCUUCGAAGGCUACCACGUCGGCGCCAUCAUUAUUAGCAUACCCGCCAUCAAGAGUAAAUCUGGGUUUGCCGACUUCAGCACCCACGAACAUGCAAAGAGGGCCAUGAACGACUUGAACCAUACACCUUUGCUUGGUCGUGUGGCUGACAUCGAAUUUGCACAGUCUUCUAUCCCACUUGAGAAAGAAGAGAAGCACCCGCUGUCUGCCAAGUCGAACACCAGAAGGCCUUCAUUCCGCAGAAGGCAGCAGAAUCUCGAGACUCAGCUGAGACGUUGA